CAACUUCCGCUUUACCCGGAAGUGAGCACAAUUCCCAAAGAUGGCGGAACAAGGUCCGAUGGCCAUAGCGAUGCGGCUACGAAACCAGCUCCAGUCCGUUUACAAACUAGACCCGCUGCGGAAUGAGGAGGAAGUGAAGUUGAAGAUCAAGGACCUGAAUGAACACAUCGUCUGCUACCUCUGUGCUGGCUACUUUAUAGAUGCUACUACUAUUACGGAGUGUCUUCACACCUUUUGUAAAAGUUGUAUUGUGAAGUACCUGCAAACCAGCAAAUAUUGUCCCAUGUGCAACAUCAAAAUUCACGAAACCCAGCCCUUACUUAACCUCAAACUGGAUCGAGUCAUGCAAGAUAUUGUCUACAAACUGGUGCCUGGACUACAAGAAAGUGAAGACAAAAGAAUAAAGGAGUUUUAUCAGUCGAGAGGGUUAGAACGAGUCAUCCAGCCUGCAGGAGACGACAUCUCGGACGCAGCAGGUUUACCGUACACGAGCUUUGACCACUCAAAAGCCCACUUCUACAGAUAUGACGAGCAGGUUUCGCUCUGUUUAGAAAGGCUAAGUUCAACUCUAGCUGGGAAAGAUAAGACAAAACUCGCUCUUCAGCAGAAGUUCGUCCGCUGCUCGGUGCGGGCGGAGGUGCGGCAUCUCCGGAAGGUGCUCUGCCACCGGCUGAACGUGGAGAAACACCAGGUCCAGAUGUGGUUCAAUAACGAGUCCCUGCCCGAUCACAUGACCAUGAAACGGUUAUGGCUCUCACACUGGUUUGGCAAGGCGCAGCCACUAGUUCUUCACUACACCAUCAAGGACAAAAGGAGCAGAUAGGACUUGUUUUCAGUUUGAAGGAACGCUGUACAUAUUUUGUACAAUACAUAUUCUAUUUUAAUAGUGUUUGUGUACAUAAACUUAUUUUCCUUGUUUUGUAUUUUUGAAAAUAAAUUUUAAAUGGAAACAUU